AUGAAAGUAAUGGUGAUGGAUGGUGUCACGCUGAAACCACUUCCGGUCUUCAUCAUGGAGGGAAGACUUGCUCGAGGGCAUUUCAGGCACCACACCCCCUCCCCCCAUCUCCCCAACCUCAUACCUCACCUCAAGCCCCACACAUCAACAUCUGUCGCCUCACACUACCUCAAUUCCACCCAAAGCCUCAUUUCUCCACGGCCUCAUACCUCUCCUAACAGCUUCUCUCACCUCACACCUCUCCCCCGCAACCAUACUCACACCUCUCCCCGCAACCCCCUCAACCCUCACAGCCUCACACCUCUCCCCCGCAACCCUCAUACCUCACAGCCUCUCACACCUCUCCCCCAACCCCCACAUCUCCUCCGCAACCCCUCAUACCUCACACCUCACAACCUCUCCCCCCCACCCCCCACACACUCUCCCCCGCAACCUCAUACCUCCCCCCUCACCUCACACCUCUCCCCGCAACCCCUCACAUACCUCACACCUCUCCCCCGCAACCCCUCAUACUCACACCCUCCACCUCCCCCGCAACCCCUCAUACCUCACAGCCUCACACCUCUCCCCGCAACCCCUCAUACUCCCAGCCCUCACACCUCACACCUCCCGCACGAGCCUCUCUAA